UGAUUAACUUUGAAUUUUGUACGAACAUCUGUCACUGGAAAAGUCGUUACUUGUUCACUCAUUGUUGCUGUUGUUUUUCUAUUAUACAGCUGCAAUUCUAAAAGAUUUACUAAUAAUAUUGUUUAUAUAAAAAAAAAAAAAUGGAUUUGAGUAAAAAGACUGUAAUGAAUUCUACGUCAUUGUCCAACAGCAGUGACUAUGCUGGAGCUACAAAUUACUUAUUUAGUUCAACACAAAAUUGUUCCCGACUUGAAUUUAAUCAAGAAGAUACAACGGAUGAUGUUAUUAAUAAAUUAAAGUAUUUAUUGAAUGCUAUAAAUGAAGUGUCAGCGGAAAAUAAAAUUCUUGAAAGGGAAUCUAAUAAAGUCUUAGGUUCAUUGGAUUUGGAGCCACAAUCAUUAUCUCGUGAUGUUAACACUGGAUUGAAUAAAAUAACAGCAAUUUUGAGAAAGGAAAAUUUAACAGAAAUAAAUGAAAAUACAUUAUUGAUAAAUAUGGAACGUAGAAAGUUAGAUGAAUUAAAAAAAGCACGAGAAGAUAGAGAUUUAAAAAAAAAAUAUGAAGAGCUGUGUAAUAAAUAUGCCAACAUACAAGAUAAAUUUCAUUAUAUACAAGAAAAUGUAAAUUCUCUAAAUGAAUUUAUUAUUGCAAAAAGUAAAGAUAGUGAAAAUGAUUAUACAAAUUUAAUUCAUAAAUCAACAAAGUUAAAUGAUUAUAAUGAAACAUUUAAUAAUUUAGAACAGGAAUUAGCAGUUAUGAAAGUAACUGAUGAUUAUCCAAAUAAAAUUUUAGAAAAACAUAAGGAGUACAUGCAGUCAGCUGGUGAAUUAGCUACUAUAAAUAAAUCAUUGAGUCAAUAUGGUGAUUUACCACCUGAUAUAUUACAAGCUAGAGCCGUUAUCGAACAAUUGGAAAAACGACGUCAAGAAACGAAACGAUUACUUGAAGAAAAAAUGCAUCAAUAAUUAUUAAUCUAGUAUUAUAGUUUUUUUAUUCAUUUAUUAUCCUUACUAAACAUUUAAAUUAAAAAAAUAAUUUUAAAUACAAA